AUGUCUGAAGUACAAGGAACGGUUGAGUUUUCUGUGGAGCUCCAUAAGUUCUAUAAUGUGGACCUGUUCCACAGAGGGUAUUACCAGAUCCGCAUGGCCUUGAAGGUGUCCUCAAGGAUCCCCCACAGACUGAGCGCCUCCGUCGUUGGGCAGACAGAGGGCGGCAGCCUGCACGCGGCCUGCGUCCACGAGAGCGCCGUGCACAGCCGCGUCUUCCAGAUCUCCUACAGGAACGAGGAGGUGCCCAUCGGCGACGCCGCCGUCUUCCGGGCUCACCUGCUGUUGGACGGUGAACGGGUGGAAGAGGCCCUGAGUGAAGUUGACUUUCAGCUCAAGGUGGACCUGCACUUCACGGACAGUGAGCAGCAGCUGCGGGACGCAGCGGGGGCCCCCGCGAUCAGCAGCCGGACGCUCGGCUUACACUUCCACCCCCGCCAAGGCCUGCACCACCAGGUGCCCGUCAUGUUCGACUAUUUCCACCUGUCGGUGAUCUCGGUGACGGUCCACGCCGCCCUGGUGGCCCUGCAGCAGCCCCUGAUCAGUUUUACUCGCCCGGGAAGAGGCUCCUGGCUUGGUAAGGGCGGCCCGGACGCGGGCCCGGAGCAGUCCAGCCUUUCUCUGGAGAACCUGGUCUUCGGAGCUGGGUACUGCAAGCCGACUUCCUCCGAGGGCAGCUUCUACGUGCCCUCGGAGAACUGCAUGCAGCGCGCUCACAAGUGGCACCGGGGGCUGUGCCUGCUGCUCCUGCACGCCUACCGGGGGCUCCGCGCCUACUUCCUGCUCAUCAUGAGGGAUGUCCCGGAGCUGCCACACGUGGAGCUGGAGUCCCUUGCUGUUGAAGAAACGCUGAAUCGACUGUGCUUGGAGCUACAGAUGCUGAACAGCCCGGAGAAGAUAGCCGAGCAGAUCAGUAAGGACCUCGCCUGGCUGGCCUCCCACCUGAUGGCCCUCUGGACCCAUUUCCUGGACACGGUGACGCUGCACUCCCACGUGACCUCUUACCUCACGCAGGAGCAUCACACCCUGCGGGUGCGGAGGUUCUCCGAGGCCUUCUUCUACAUGGAGCACCACAAGCUCGCCAUCCUGACCUUCCAGGAGAACCUGGUGCAGUCCCACAGCCAGCUGUCCCUGGACCUGCGCAACUCGGAGUACCUGAGCACCAUGCCCCCGCUGCCCGCCGAGUGCCUGGACAUCGACGGCGACGGCAGCACCCUGCCCGUCAUCUUCGAGGACAGAUACGUGGACUGCCCCGCGCCAGGGCAGAGUUUGAGUGUCUGCCCUAAUUUCAAUGUUCCAGCCACAAGUCCUGCCACAAUGAGUCUGAAAGACCGAGAAGAGGACCCUCUUAUAAACAGAAAAUCAUCUUUUCGGGAAAACCUCAUCCUGCCCACCCCAGAACCACCCCAAAUGGACUGCGAUGAAGAGGUGCUUCGUGGGCCGGCGUCAGAGGAGGAGGUGGACACCCCAAACCCUGAGGACGUGCUCUCUGAGUCUCAGGUGUAUCUGACGAUUGGGGAGUCCCCAGACAGAGCAGCUGUGCCUGCAGGUGAAGGGCGCACUGGCCAGAGGGCUGAUGUUGGGAUGGAUCCACUGGCAGAUGACAACCCGCCCGGAGGGAGUCCAGGCCCAGAGGAUGGCUGGGGCCCGACGCUGGCCUACCUCGAGGUCAAGUCCAGCAAUAAGCAUCCAGGCCGAGCUGAACCCACAGUGGCCAUGAGUGACCAGCACGGGGGUGGGCGCUUCCGAGAGAACCGUGACCUGGACAGCACUCUGCCAAGCAAAGCGCCGGCAGGCGGGAGUCGCCACCCUGCCGUCUCAUGGGUGAAAACCCCGCUCCCGGAGUCAAGGACUCCCGGGAAGGGAGCUGACCAGGAGGCCAAGACGCUGCUGCUGAGUCUGAAGCCCUUCCCCAGGGAGCCUUGCGGGCCACUGAGCUCCACUCUGAGGGAUCCCCCGGAGGCCAGGGCUCCCCCAAGGGACCCUCCCCCCGAGGAGCCAGAGGAAGGUUCCGUGCUGUCUGGGGUCAUCAAGAGAUCUUCCUCCCUCAUCUCGGAUUCGGGCAUUGAGAGCGAGCCGAGCUCCGUGGCCUGGUCCGAGGCCCGGGGCCGGGCGCUGGAGGUGCCCAGUGACCGGGAAGUGUCACACCCACUGCUCCGCAGACAGGCCCCGCACAGGAACUCCCUGGAGGGCGGGCACACGGAGAGCAGCCUGAGCUUGCCCAGCGGGAUCCAGGCGUCCCUCACCUCCAUCAGCUCACUGCCUUUUGAGGAGGAGGAGCGGGAGCUGGCCCUGCUCACCAAGCUGACCAAGUCGGCGUCGGCGCCCCAGAUCAGUAGCCCAGAGGAGGCUGCUGAAGACGCGGGUGCCGUGCGGCCAGGCUCAGGUCCUGCUGAAACUCCGGGCCAGCUGGUCAACAGCACAGAAGCCCCAGGACACGGCCGUCCACCCAGUGAUGGUGGAUCCAGUAUCCAAGACACCGGGGGUGGCCCUUCCCUUGAGGUGGCUCCAGAUGCUGACCAGCAGGGCACGGGUUACCUCGACAUCCCCCAGGAUAAAGGGGCUCACGUUGACCCUCCAGGACCCCGCAGACUUGAUGGCAGGACUGAGAACCCUCCAGGUGUUGGAACCAAAGGUGUUCACUUAGAAAUACCACGUGGCUCAGCACGGGCAAGCCCCAGGGACAGAGCUUUUCCUGGAGUACAGACGGAGGCCCCGAAGCGCAUGCCUGCAGACGCAGGUGUGGGGAGUGGCGUGUGGUCCCACGGCGGCAGGUCGGACCUGGCGAGCCUCCCUGACCACGAGGUGCCUGCACUGAGUUGCCCGCCAGCUGUGGAUGCCGCCGACCUGGGGUCAACAGGCCAGCGGAGGGGCUCCCCUCACGUAGUGAAGGAUGUGGCGUUUGGGAGAGGAGCUCACACCGUGGAGUGGGGACACCAGGCAAGCGCCGCGUGCCCCACUGUGACUCACUCCAUUCACUCCCAAGUCCUGGGACCCCAGGAGCCCAGGGCGGGCACUUCGGCCAUGGGGUCCCCCCUGACCCCCGCAGAGGCCUUCUCGCCCGACAGCCUGAAAGCUGUGGAGGUCGUCAACUUGUCUGUGUCCUGCACUGCCACGUGUCUCCCGUUCUCGUCGGUGCCCAAGGAGACCCCUGCCAGGGCUGGCUUCUCUUCCAGACAGCCCCCUCUCCCCAUCACACACCAGCCUCUGGGGUCCUUCGAGGCUGUUCCUACCCAUCCGAGCGCGCUGGAGGAAGGCGUCGGCGAGAGGAUGUUCAGUUUCUAUCAGGCCAAAGAGAAAUUUAAAAAAGACCUGAAGAUUGAUGGAUUUCUGUACAGUGACUUAUCGGUACUAGCUUCUGACAUGCCGUAUUUCCCACCAGAGGAAGAGGAGGAGAGCCUGCAGGACGGGAUUCACCUGGUAGUCUGUGUCCAUGGCCUGGACGGGAACAGUGCAGACCUCCGUCUGGUAAAGACCUUCAUAGAACUGGGGCUCCCUGGAGGCAAACUGGACUUCCUGAUGUCUGAGAAGAACCAGAUGGACACGUUUGCGGACUUUGACACCAUGACGGACCGGCUGCUGGAUGAGAUCAUCCAGCACAUCCAGCUGUACAGCCUCUCCAUCGCCCGGAUCAGCUUCAUCGGCCAUUCUCUCGGCAACAUCAUCAUCCGCUCGGUCCUCACGAGGCCCCGGUUCCGCUAUUACCUCAGCAAGCUGCACACCUUCCUGUCGCUGUCCGGGCCGCACCUGGGGACCCUGUACAACAACAGCACCCUGGUCAGUACAGGCUUGUGGCUCAUGCAGAAACUGAAGAAGUCUGGCUCCCUCCUGCAGCUCACCUUCAGGGACAACGCCGAUCUGCGCAAGUGUUUCCUCUACCAACUCAGCCAGAAGACAGGCCUGCAGUAUUUUAAAAACGUCGUGCUGGUGGCUUCACCCCAAGAUCGCUACGUGCCAUUUCACUCAGCCAGGAUCGAAAUGUGCAAAACCGCCCUCAAGGACAGGCACACGGGGCCUGUUUAUGCAGAAAUGAUCAACAACCUCUUGCGCCCCCUGGUGGAAGCCAAGGACUGCACGCUGAUCAGGCACAACGUGUUCCACGCGCUGCCCAACACCGCCAACACCCUGAUCGGGCGCGCGGCGCACAUCGCGGUGCUGGACUCGGAGCUGUUCCUGGAGAAGUUCUUCCUGGUGGUGGGACUCAACUACUUCAAGUAGCGGCUGCGGGGCCGCCCGGCCCGCCCAAGGCCCACCCGGGGAGCUUGGCCCAGUCGCCCUUUUGUCGAGCUCCGCCCUUCAAGCCUGGAGCCAAGAGGAGGCCUGAGGGACACAGGAGGGGCGGACCCGGAACCCGGGUACUUCCAUUUGGGAGGUUUGGGAACGCUGAACCUACAGGGAUCGAAACAACAGGCUUUGCCCCAACCUGUCUGGCCACCUGGAGGCUCCUCCAUCCGAGAUGCUCUCUAGAGAAAAUAAAGCCACAGAACUUGGAGCUGGGGAGCCCGCCUUUGUCACCCGCAGCCGUUGGCAGGGGCAGGUGCGCUCCACCGUAACCAGGCGUGCCCAGCGGGUGGCUAGCCCAUAGCUUUAUCGUUUUUCAAAUUAA